CAACAUUUAAAGUUUCUUGUUUUUUGCUUGUCCUCUCUUUAUUAAUUCCGACAUGAAUCGUCGUGCCAAGGGCUGCAAAACCAACACAGGACCCCCCCCCCAACUUCCAUUACUGCACCUACUGCUGGCGUCAGGGGCUAUUAGCAUCAUACUGACAAGGAUGGUACUGUCUACAUCAGCUCUAUUUAGCAAAAGGAGUAGAGUGUGUUGGGUCUGAAUAUGCUAUUUAUCUAUCCAUCUCGCAGUAACCUGACAACUACAGUCUGUAUGACCAGCGCCAUGGAUGACAUCGGUAAAAGGCAACUUGUCGAGUUUUCCAGCAUCGAGGAGCUGAAUAACUACCAGAGCAAAAGUGACAUUCCGCCGGCAAUAGUCAGACAUCAGGAGGCGAAGCUUGCGACGGUCAAUGCGCAGGCCCUUAAUUUUGAAGAUUUCGGAAAGUCAUCGCACGCAUCUUUCAGCAAGGAUGCUGUGGUUAAGGCUGAGCUGCGCCAAAUUUUCAAGAAGCAUGGGUUCCAAGUGCUGCUUACCGACAAGUUCUUUGCAUCGACUCAGUGCCCGGGAUGUCAUUCAAAACUCGAGCUAUCUCAUAUGGAGCAUACUGCCCGCAACAACGCCGGCGGUAAAGAAAUAAUAAUUGCGCACCAUAGGCCUCUGCAGUGUGCCAACGAUCAGUGCCAGCACAAUAUACACCCCAUGCGCUUUGAAGUUAACGCGGACAGUACAACAGAGGCGACCCACCAGGCGGACGAUGGCUUUGCCACUUGUCUUUACAUGCACAUGCUCUACUUGGGGCUUUGUCUUGGCUUCCAUGUGCAGUCCAGAUUCAAGUGCACAGCCAACAAAGGCGAGUGA